AUGUCGCUAUUGAAUGAUCCAGACUACCUCAUACACCACCUCAGAAUAGGCUACCUACGUCGCGUAGAAGACCGAAUCGGUGGCCGAAUAAUAACCUUUGACCCGACCACUCUAUCAAAUGACUACAUCAAAGCGGCUGGAUCUUCUUAUCCGGAGAUGCAAGAAUGUUAUUCGCCUAGUACGAAUACGUUGGGUAAUGACUACUUCAGUCGAAGUAUAGGUAGUAGUUCGCAUAUUGGUGUUUCCCCCGGUGGUGUGAAGAUAGGCGGUCGAAGAAGAGCAGGCUCUGGUCAGCAGGCGAAGAUCGGUACCAAUACUACAAUGGACAGUGAGGAUGGGAGCGAUCUGGAUAAUAGCAAAAGCCAGGAACCAUUCUUUACCAAAUUAGACCUUCCGCAACAAAACGUUGCCGCUCCACCUGUCUUUGUGACAUCACCUCCGAAACCAUCUAAUGCUCGGCGUGCACUCAAGACAUCUCCGGAUAGCAUUACCGCACUCUCCUCAACGGACCAGACACCUCAACUAUCGCCCACAACUUCUGCUGAAAGUGAUCCAGUAAUGCUGAUCGGACGACGAGAGUCUAGUGGAUCAUUAUUACAGACUAAUAACGGAGAAUUACCAUAUACACCACCACCUCGGCGAGCUUUGUCGGAAGCAGAGGUUAGAGAGUUUAUACCCGAUCCACCUCAACCAAUAGUGAGACCCAAGCCCUUUUCGGCCCUGUCGGCUUUGAUAGAGGAGAAGAAAAAUAAAGAGGACAAUCCAUUUGCUGAGGAUUACGGUUAUUUUUCCGGCAAAGGUGACUUGAAGCCAAUAAAGCUUCAGAUUUACCUUCCAUUUAGUACAGAGCCAAAGAGGCCAUUGAAUGUUGUUGUUAAGAGAGACGCAACUGUGGAGAAGGUUAUCGGGUAUUGUCUGUAUCAGUAUUGGGAGGAGAAGAGAGAGCCUAUUUUGGAACCAAAGAUGUGUAAUAUUUCACAAUGGAUUAUGAGAAUUGUUGAAGAUGAUGGAGAAAUAGAUGAAGACCUUUUAGCCUUGGAUAGGACUAGAAACAUAUCCAAAUUUCAGUUCAAUCAGUUUGCAUUAUGUGAAGCUAACCCAGAACAAGGAACGUCCAAAUCUCAAAUUACAAAUAAAGAUUCCCUUCCGUCUAUAUCCACAAUCGCCACAAAUGGAACUUCAACAGUCACUGUCCCAACAACACGGGCGAGCACCAAUACCGAAACGGUCACGUCUUUUGCGCCCCCUAUCGAUCUCGCCAACCAAGUAUUCCUUCGUAUUCGUCUCACGCCAUACUCUGAAAUUACUCACACAACUACAAUCAACGUUCCCGCCGAGCAGCAUUUGUCUGAUGUACUGGAAAGUGUAUGUAGGAAAAGGAAAUUGGAUAGUAAAGAGUAUACGUUUAAGAUGGCAGAGGAGAAUGUAUUCUUGGAAUUGGACAAGACAGUGGAAAGUGUUGGAAAUGCUGAAAUUGCUUUGGUGAAGAAGCCAAACGAGAGGUCUAAUUCUGUGGAUAGUACAAGUGGCAACAGUAUAAGAGGCGCUAAAAAGGCAAAUAGAGGAUCAAGGGAUCUACCACAGCCGCCGUACAUAUCUUCUAACGACUAUACGUCUGUAUACCAGAAAUAUACCGUCAAUCGAAAGAUGCCGAUGUUUGGCGGUCGUCAUGUCAUACUUGCGAUAGAUGGCGAUUAUAUUCACAUUAUGCCAUCCGAGACGAGGACUAUGUUCGAUACAAUGAAAACGUCGUCGUAUCAUAUAUCCAAUAUUAUAUCUUGUAAACCAACGAAAAAAGUGUCGGCAAAUUUCAAACUAGUUAUUAAUCGAGAUACUGGCAACAAGACUUAUGACUUUGAAGCAGAAUCACCAAAGGUGGCAAACGAGAUAUGUACGAAAAUUCGAUGGCUCAUGGGAAUACAUAAAAGUGAACAAGCUAAAGUACGAUGA